CGAAUCAGACAAUACCUAAAGUCUGUUCACCUUUUCCACGCCCCCCUUACCCUCGUUCCUCGUUCCCUCGAUGGCUUUGUCUCUUCACUUCUGCCACCUUGUAUACCUUUUUGCAGUGGUAUCUGUUGUGGUUCAAGCUGGUCUUCUAAACCACAAUUCCAAAACCCACUACUUUGAGCUCAACAUUACUCGUGAGCUCAUUGAUUCAGACUGCUCUGGUACUGUCACUUCCAAACUCGUGGUAAAUGGCCAACUCGUCGGCCCAACGAUUGCAGUGACGACAGGCGAUCGCGUCAAGAUGCUUGUUCGCAACUUGUUGCCAGAUUAUACUGACGCAACUAGACAUCCGGUGUCUUCGGCAGCGAGCGCUAAUGGUGGUUAUUCAAAUGAUAUCACAAUUCAUUGCCACGGUAUCCGUCAACUCGGAUCACCGGAUGCUGAUGGUGUCCCGUUCCUGAGUCAAGAUCCAAUCAAGCCUCAGCAAAGUUUUCUACACGAGUUCCAGGUUAUCGACCAGGCAGGCACCUACUUUUAUCAUGCACAUGUGGGAUUGCAUUCUGAGACCGUGUUUGGUGCCUUGAUCGUCUAUGAAUCUGAGGAAGCCGAUCCAGAAGCAAAGCACAAGUGCCAUAAGAAGCUCCUUGGACUUCUUGGCGGCGACGACGAGGACUGUAAAGAAUUGGUGGCCGGGCCCUAUCACUAUGACGACGAACGAACUAUCAUUCUUAGCGAAUGGUGGCAACAGACUGCUGAAUCUCUCAAUGUUUUUACCCUUGGUCCAAACUUUACAGACAUUCCCGAAUCGCAAAGUAUCUUGAUCAAUGGCCGCACCAUUUAUGAGCCAGAGAUUAACGCUUACGGUCCUGAAUGCCAAGGCUAUUCGGUGAUUUCUGUCGACCCUGAAAAAACAUAUCGCAUUCGUGUUAUCGGCGCAAAUGACUACCGAACCAUCAGCUUCGCUAUUGCUGACCACGAGCUGACUAUUAUUGAAGUCGAUGGCACACUUGUUCAACCCUUCACGGUACCCUAUCUCGAAAUAUCACCUGGACAACGCUUCUCCGUCUUGUUGAGCCCAUCCGACCGUGAAGGUGACUACGCGAUCAACACAAUUCGCAGCUGGAUCGAACCUGAGCUCGAUCCUGCAUCAAAUGGACUCGCCGUUUUGCGAUACACCCGCGGUGUGCAUGGCCAAGAUAUAGAAAAAGAAGCUACCACGUUCGCCAUACCGGAAAACCUCUUUGACUUCCCCGAGGAUGCCCCUUAUUGGUACUGGCGUGAUAUUGCACCCGUCGAUGUCGAAACUUCUUCCGCUCUUUACAAACAAGAAGCUUCUCGAACAAUCACUCUGAGAAUCGUAGCAGAUGAACUGUCAACCGGUGAGACACGGUGGUUCGUUAACAAUGUCACAUUUAUCGAUCCUGAGAAAACGAUUCUCACCUCGAUUCUGGAAGGCGAGCGUCCUUUGCCUCGACCGGACAAGGACGGCUAUGAUCCAGAUCUAUGCACGUACCCAUUAGAAUAUAUGGAGGUGGUAGAUAUUGUGCUACAAUCGACACGUGCUCCUGAUGCACCAUGCCGUAUGCAUCCAUGGCACACUCACGGCCAUUCUUUUUGCGAAAUCGCUUUUGGUCCCGGACGCUACCAACAUGGCAAGCAUGGCGGUUGGCGUAAUGUACCCCAUCCAUUCUUACGAGAUGUUGUCUCGGUUUAUCCAGUCGAGGACCCUGAAGUGACAGCAGCUGCCGGACCAGACGAACCAGUCGAUUGUGGAUGGGCCAAAAUCCGUAUUGUAGCGGAUAAUCCGGGCAUUUUUCCCGUACAUUGCCAUAAUUCAUUCCAUAUGAUUAUGGGCAUGAUGGUUGUUCUUGAGGAGGCACCUGAAAGAAUUGCUGCCAUAUACAACAAAUAGUAUUAUUUUAC